AUGAGCUCCAAUUCGGCUACCCAAGUCGAGGAAUGGCUCACUGUUGGACGUUUGGAUGCAUCGUUAGCACUUUUAACCACCAAAAACCACCAUGUUAUUGAAUUUCCAACGAUGCUGUUACCAGACAACAUCCGCGCAGGAACUAUUGUUAAAAUACAAGUUUCUGAAGAUCGGGAACUGCAGCAGCAAGAAUUCCAGCGAUUUGAGUCGCUGCAAGACGAAAUUCUAGAGAAAUAUGGUACUCACAGACCUCAAAAUCCGGUGCUGAAAAGCAUCAAUGUCACACAAACAAGCGGAGUCCUAGGAUGGGACCCGUUAGAGCUGGGAUCCGCCCAACUGAAAUCGCUAGUGCUGUAUAAAGAUGGCGUGCGGUCUUUGUUGAUACCCAACCCUUACAAAACAACAGCCACGAAGAUUUCGGGACUUUCUGUAGAUAGCGAGUACAGUUUCCAGCUAAAACUGAGCACCACCUCGGGUGAUCUGUGGUCGGACAAAAUUGUGCUUCAUACACAUAAGAUGACCGAUAUGUCUGGUAUUACGGCUUGUUUGGGCUCUCUCGACGCUGUACAAAAUGUCACGAAAGCUCACAUUGAGGCCAGUCUCAAGAAUAUCGGUGCCAAACCGCUGCAAUCUCGAGUCACUCUCGACACUACUCAUUUUAUCUCUAAUGAACAAGACGGUGACGAUGCCGAGCUGAAAAAGGCACAACAAAGCAAUAUACCGAUUGUAAGACCUGAAUGGGUGAGAGCUUGUGAGUUGGAACGAAGAAUUGUUGGUGUUCGUGGUUUCUAUCUGGAUGCAGAUCCUAUUAAUACUGAAGGAUAUAAGUUCCUGAAAGUGCCCUCUGAUGUAUCUGAGCAUCUCCAAGCGGAGAAGCCUACGGUGUCAGCUCACAGUCGUGACAGCGAGCCGCCACAAACCGCAGUGUCUGCGGAUUCAGCAGCGGUUUCCACCGCUUCACUUAAAAGUGUUCCAGGUGGUAUAGCUGCUACACCAAUUCAGUCUCAAGAGACUGGAGGUUUACAGGAAGCGGCUACGUCCACUUCAGAAAAGAAACCUUCUGAGGAAGGUGCAGAGGACAUCGAGGAAGAUAAAGCUGGAGACACAGUUAGGAGUGACCAGGAGGGAGAAACUUUCAAAUCCGAAAAGGCGUCAAAGAAUUCCGAUGAAAAAGGCGCAGAAUCAAAUGGACUGGAGGAGAAAAUCAAUGGUCACAACGUCGAUGAGAACAACGAAGAAGCCACUGUGAAAUCUCAAGAUCAGAUUAGGGAUGAACUAGUAUCUGAGGUCAAAGAUGAAGAUGCCCGGAUCGAAAAGAAUGACGAGAUCAAGAUUGAAAACGGUGGUGAGACCAAGAAGGAGAACGAAGACAGAACUGUCAAUCCAACUGACGAUCAAGCAGAUACUGAAGCCAAUCGUGAGUUUAAUGGUGAAAGCGAAACUGAGUUUUCAUCACAACUUCCUGCGGAACCUGCAUCACAGAUCAUUGAUAACUCCGCCGAAAUAAAUACGGGUGUCAAGCCAGACAUCAAUAUUGACAAUUCUAUCCAAGAAGAUCUUCCUGAGAGUCUUGAGGCAACGGAGCAGACACAACUUCCUGAGGAAAACGAACUUCAGAAUAAGACUACUACAGAAGCCGAAGCUCCAUUAGAGCCGGCUGCAGUCGAGGACAACGUCGUUACUGAGACGUCUGACUUGGUGGAGAACCCAGCUUUUGUUGAAAUAUCCACUGAUAAUGACGAGAAACUUACUGACGGAAUAACAGGGAAGGUCGAACCUGUGACGAAUGAAAGCAUAUCCGUAGCUCCUCUGACUGGUGUAAACUCCUCGUCAAUGCCAAAUGAAAGUGCAGAGUCGUCCGCGGAGCUGGAUCAAAACACUGGCGGAGAAGACGCUGAGGCUGAAAACACUCACAACGUGGCUUCUAGCGCCGCUACUGGUGCGCAGGCAACAGGCAAGAAGAAAAAGAACAAGAAAAACAAGAAUAAGGGCAAAAAAUAG